AUUCCGCAGGUGGCGCGUCGAUCGAUUUGAUAAGUUGAGUCAGCUGGGGGUGUAUUCGGACCCGGGGCGUCGGCUUUGUUUUCCCGAAAAUCCCGGAAUUGAGGGAUUCGAGAUGGACAGCCAGGGACGAAAAGUGAUCGUGUGCGACAACGGAACGGGGUUCGUGAAAUGCGGCUACGCCGGCUCCAAUUUCCCGGCACACAUCUUUCCGUCGAUGGUCGGACGGCCCAUCAUCAGGGCGGCGAACAAAAUCGGAGACAUCGAAGUCAAGGAAGUAGCAAACGUGCCAGACCUGAUGGUGGGCGACGAGGCGAGCAAACUUCGCUCGAUGCUGGAAGUCAAUUACCCGAUGGAAAACGGCAUAGUCAAAAACUGGCCGGACAUGUGUCACGUGUGGGACUACACGUUCGGGCCGGACAAGAUGAACAUCGACCCAAAGGAGUGCAAAAUCCUGCUGACCGAGCCGCCGAUGAACCCGACCAAGAACCGGGAGAAAAUGAUCGAGGUGAUGUUCGAAAAGUACGGCUUUGCUGGCGCGUACAUCGCCAUCCAGGCCGUGCUCACGCUGUACGCGCAGGGCCUGCUGAGUGGGGUGGUGGUCGACUCGGGCGACGGCGUCACCCACAUCUGCCCCGUCUACGAGGAGUUUGCGCUUCCCCACUUGACGCGCCGCCUCGACAUCGCCGGCAGGGACAUCACCAAAUACCUCAUCAAACUGCUGUUGCUGCGUGGGUACGCCUUCAACCACACCGCCGACUUUGAGACUGUGCGCAUGAUGAAGGAGAAGUUGUGCUACAUCGGCUACAACAUCGAAACCGAACAGAAACUGAGUCUCGAGACUACCGUGCUUGUCGAGCCCUACACCCUGCCGGACGGCCGAGUCAUCAAAGUUGGUGGGGAGCGAUUCGAAGCGCCCGAGGCUCUCUUCCAGCCUCACCUCAUCAACGUGGAAGGACAAGGUAUCGCCGAACUGGUGUUCAACACCAUCCAGACGGCGGACAUUGACAUGCGCUCCGAGCUGUACAAACACAUUGUCCUGUCCGGAGGCUCAACCAUGUACCCCGGUCUUCCGAGUCGACUCGAACGAGAAAUCAAACAACUCUAUCUGGAGCGGGUUCUAAAAAAUGACAUUGAUAAACUAUCUAAAUUCAAAAUCAGGAUCGAGGACCCCCCGAGGAGAAAGGACAUGGUGUUCAUCGGAGGAGCCGUUCUGGCCGAAGUCAUGAAGGACAGGGAGACGUUUUGGAUGACGCGCGAGGAGUACCAGGAAAAGGGCGUCCACGUCCUCAGCAAACUCGGGGCGCGCUCAAAUUAAUCUUGGUCUCGAGGCCAUUUCUACUCCGCAUUUACCUUUCCUGUGUUAAUCAUUUGUUUUCUUUUGUCAUUAAGCAAUAUUAUAUAGUGAGGGUUUUUUAUUUGAAAAUUUUUAUAAAUGGAAAAGUAUUUGUGCUCAAAGGUGAAAAAGAUUAGAAAAAAUUUUGUUGAUUCUAGUGAAUUUCCUCCAAAUGUUCGAGAGUCACAUCACAUUCCAUCCAAACUCCGCGUCUUCUUUUGGUCUGCUUGUUACUCCAUUAAACAACUUGCUAUAGAUCUAACUCUGUAAAUUUUAUCAAAACAAUGAACAAUUAAAAAGCUUACAACUGAA